CUCUGGAUACAGACAAAACAGAUUGUCGUUACGAGGACGGCAAGGUGAUUUUAGAGUACUUUGUUAACUUGACACCUGGUGUUUGGACUCCCGCUGAGAGAGAGCUUCUCAUAGUAUUGAAAGAUACAGUUCAGUUCUGGAGCUGUUCAAACCUAUUGUCCACUGGUACGGGAAUACAGCAGAUGAGUGUUGCAAACACUGUUGAGCAGCCAGCGCCUUGCACUGCCGAAGCAACUGGUGAAUAUUCGAUUGCAAUAAUGAAAGAAAAACUGAACUCACCGAACGAUGAUGUUUGUGGUUUUAGACAUCAAGUUACGUGUUUGGGUGACGGAACGUGUACUCUGGAUACAGACAAAACAGAUUGUCGUUACGAGGACGGCAAGGUGAUUUUAGAGUACUUUGUUAACUUGACACCUGGUGUUUGGACUCCCGCUGAGAGAGAGCUUCUCAUAGUAUUGAAAGAUACAGUUCAGUUCUGGAGCUGUUCAAACCUAUUGUCCACUGGUACGGGAAUGCAGCAGAUGGUUACUGCAAACACUGUUGAGCAGCCAGCGCCUUGCACUGCCGAAGCAACUGGUGAAUAUUCGAUUGCAAUAAUGAAAGAAAAACUGAACUCACCGAACGAUGAUGUUUGUGGUUUUAGACAUCAAGUUACGUGUUUGGGUGACGGAACGUGUACUCUGGAUACAGACAAAACAGUUUGUCGUUACGAGGACGGCAAGGUGAUUUUAGAGUACUUUGUUAACUUGACACCUGGUGUUUGGACUCCCGCUGAGAGACACCUUCUCAUAGUAUUGAAAGAUACAAUUCAGUUCUGGAGCUGUUCAAACCUAUUGUCCACUGGCACGGGAAUGCAGCAGAUAGUUGUUGCAAACACUGUUGAGCAGCCAGCGCCUUGCACUGCCGAAGCAACUGGUGAAUAUUCGAUUGCAAUAAUGAAAGAAAAACUGAACUCACCGAACGAUGAUGUUUGUGGUUUUAGACAUCAAGUUACGUGUUUGGGUGACGGAACGUGUACUCUGGAUACAGACAAAACAGAUUGUCGUUACGAGGACGGCAAGGUGAUUUUAGAGUACUUUGUUAACUUGACACCUGGUGUUUGGACUCCCGCUGAGAGAGAGCUUCUCAUAGUAUUGAAAGAUAGAAUUCAGUUCUGGAGCUGUUCAAACCUAUUGUCCACUGGUACGGGAUUGCAGCAGAUGGUUGUUGCAAACACUGUUGAGCAGCCAGCGCCUUGCACUGCCGAAGCAACUGGUGAAUAUUCGAUUGCAAUAAUGAAAGAAAAACUGAACUCACCGAACGAUGAUGUUUGUGGUUUUAGACAUCAAGUUACGUGUUUGGGUGACGGAACGUGUACUCUGGAUACAGACAAAACAGAUUGUCGUUACGAGGACGGCAAGGUGAUUUUAGAGUACUUUGUUAACUUGACACCUGGUGUUUGGACUCCCGCUGAGAGACACCUUCUCAUAGUAUUGAAAGAUAGAAUUCAGUUCUGGAGCUGUUCAAACGAUUAUAAUAAAAGAUAGUUAUUAAAAAAGUUAUUAUUUAUAUUAAAAUAGUUAUUAUAUUUAUAUAUAAAUAUGAGUUUAUUUUAAUGGUGUGGACUGUUUAUAUAUGUUUCUUAUUAUAAUGGUGUGGACUGUUUAUUUGAGUUUCUUUUAAUGGUGUGGACUGUUUAUACGAGUUUCCUUAAAAAAGAUUACAUGAUGCUUUUUCGUUGUUCCCUGGUGCAUAGUUGACAUUUUUGUUUUUAUGAAACUUUAUAAAGCUCCAAAGAUUGAAAUAAUCGGUUCGUCCUCUAGGCAAAAUUUGUCAAAAAAUGUUCAAAUGUUGAUAGGAUAGUAUGACUAUUAAUGUAUGACUAUUAUCUACAUAUUAAACAACUUUUUGUUAAAUGGUACCCUUAGAUCAUAAAGAAACUGGUCAACUCUCUCUUAAAUCAACCACUUGCCAUGAUUAAAGGAAUUUUCGAAUCAAC